CUUGUGUCUCUCCUCUCUGUGUUUCCGCUCUGCAGUAAUGGCUCGUGAGCACAGGACGAAGGUUGAACACUGAUCUCCACGUCUCCUGCAGGAAUGACACUGCGCUCACCGCUGAGCUCAUCAUGAGAGAGUGGUGGAUCCAUGUGGCUCUGAUCUGUGUCCCCCUGGUGGCCGUCUACCUGCACAUCCCCCCGCCGGAGCCCUCUCCCGCCCUGCAACAGUGGCACAGCUCCGGGGAGGAGUUCACCUUCAGGGGCUGGACGGUCUUCUAUAGAGACUCCUCCGGGGCGUUGGGAAGCUCUGAUGUCAUCAUUCUGCUCCACGGCUUCCCCACCUCCAGCUACGACUGGAACAAGAUCUGGGAGCCGCUCACUCAGCGCUUCAAUCGAGUCAUCGCUCUGGACUUCCUAGGGUUCGGCUUCAGCGACAAACCGCGACCACACAGCUACUCCUUCUUCGAGCAGGCCAGCGUGGUGGAGGCUCUGGUGGCUCACCUGGGUCUGAGCCACCAGAGAGUCAACGUGCUGUCACAUGACUACGGAAACACCGUGGCUCUGGAGCUGCUCUACAGGAGCGACCAGAACCGCACCGGUCACCUGACCUUCAGCAGCCUGUGUCUCUCUAACGGAGGACUCUUCCCAGAGACGACCCACCCGCGGCUGCUGCAGACGCUUCUGAAGGACUACGGCUUCCUGUCUUCUCUUCUGAUGCGUCUCACCAACUACAGGAUCUUCCAGAAGGGACUCGGAGACGUGUUCGGUCCGUACACGCAGCCCACGGACGCCGAGUUCUGGGACAUGUGGACAAGUUUGCGCCACAAUGACGGCAACCUAGUUUUGGACAGUGUUCUCCAGUACAUCAACCAGAGAUUAAAACACAGGGAGCGAUGGGUGGGCGCCCUCACUUCCACCUUCGUGCCACUGCACAUGAUCUACGGACCCAUGGACCCAGUCAACCCUCAUCCACAUUUCAUCCGUCUUUACCAGCAGCUGGUCCAGAGGUCCACCAUCACCGUCUUGGACCAGCACAUCAGUCACUACCCUCAGCUGGAAGAUCCCACCGGCUUCCUCAACGCAUAUUUCAACUUCAUCCACUCUUUCUGAACGAUGCUCAAACUGGGACGAAUCAUCACAUGUGGCGAAAACAACCUUUUCCUGAUGAUCGAGUCCCAACUAACAGUUUCAUUAACCAGCAUUAAUCCCCCAGAUGAUAAUUACUGCCAUAGAAGACUUGAGCUAAAUAAACAAGUAAUGCAAACUGA